AUGGCUGCUCCACCUGCUAGAGCCAGAGCUGAUUACGAUUAUCUCAUAAAGCUUCUUUUGAUCGGAGAUAGUGGUGUCGGUAAAAGUUGCCUCCUUCUACGUUUCUCUGAUGGAUCCUUCACUACUAGUUUCAUUACCACCAUUGGCAUUGACUUUAAGAUAAGAACGAUUGAGCUUGAUGGCAAACGUAUCAAGCUCCAGAUUUGGGAUACUGCUGGUCAAGAACGGUUUCGGACAAUCACCACUGCUUAUUACCGCGGGGCAAUGGGCAUUUUGCUGGUGUAUGAUGUCACAGACGAAUCAUCCUUUAACAACAUUAGGAACUGGAUUCGUAAUAUCGAACAGCAUGCUUCAGAUAAUGUUAACAAGAUCUUGGUAGGAAACAAGGCUGACAUGGACGAAAGCAAGAGGGCUGUACCUACAGCAAAGGGUCAGGCUCUUGCUGAUGAGUACGGAAUCAAGUUCUUCGAAACAAGUGCCAAGACAAACCUAAACGUGGAAGAAGUUUUCUUCUCAAUAGGCAGGGACAUAAAGCAGAGGCUUUCAGACACUGACUCGAGGGCAGAGCCUGCGACGAUCAAGAUAAGCCAAAUGGACCAGGCAGCUGGAGCCGGGCAGGCGACACAGAAGUCUGCAUGCUGUGGAAGUUAA